AUGCACUAUCUUUCUACGCGCGGCGGCGAUGAGAAAUUAAGCUUUGAGGAGGCAAUCCUUCAAGGCUUAGCACCAAAUGGUGGUUUGUACAUUCCAGCCCAAGUGCCCGAGCUGCCUGAGAAUUGGGAAAACGACUGGGCCAACCUCCCAUUCGACCAACUCAGCUAUGAAAUUACAAAAUUAUUCGUCCCCGCCUCUGAAAUACCGCCAAAUGACCUGAAAUUGUUGAUAAAUAGAUCAUAUUCCACCUUCAGACACAGCUCACGCACGCCAAUCACCCAAGUUGAUUCACACAGGUUCAUAUUAGAGCUCUUUCACGGCCCCACCUUCGCUUUCAAAGACGUAGCUCUCCAAUUCCUCGGAAACCUCUUUGAAUACUUCCUCAACCGCCGUAACGCACGUAAGAGCGCAAACGACGCCAGAGACAAGCUUACUAUAGUUGGUGCAACCUCGGGUGAUACGGGUAGUGCGGCUAUAUAUGGUGUCAGGGGCAAGCAAGACAUCAGCAUCUUCAUUCUCCACCCUAAGAACAGAGUAUCACCCAUUCAAGAAGCUCAAAUGACCACUGUUCUCGACAGCAACGUUCAUAAUUGCGCUGUUAAGGGCACUUUCGACGACUGCCAGGAUAUCGUCAAGUCACUCUUCUCCGACAAGCCCUUCAACGACAAGCACAAGCUGGGUGCUGUGAACUCUAUCAACUGGGCGAGAAUUCUCUCACAGAUCACCUACUACUUCUACUCAUACCUCCAGGCUAAGAAGCAGACUCCAGCUCACUCUCACAUCCAGUUCGUUGUACCUACAGGUAACUUUGGCGAUAUCUUGGCCGGGUUCUACGCUAAGAAACUUGGUCUCCCUUCUCAACCCAUGGUCAUUGCAACAAACGCAAAUGAUAUCCUCACUCGCUUCUGGAGAACGGGUGUGUAUGAGAAGCACGACUCAAGCCAGCACGUCCAGGCGCAAGACAGUGCCGUCGAAGCAGCUCAAGGAUCGAGCGACGGUAAGCAGGCAGUUGGUGGAGUGAAAGCGACGCUCUCACCCGCCAUGGAUAUACUCGUUUCAUCCAAUUUCGAGAGAUUGCUUUGGUACAUUGUCCUCGAAUCGAUGGUCGAUGGAGAUCAAUUGGCCGCAUCUAGACAAGUGAAUGAGUGGAUGAAUGAGCUUAAACUUCACGGCAGAUUCCAAGUCCCACAGGCGGCACUCAACGUAGCUAGACGUGAUUUCACUGCUACAUCGGUCAGCGAUGAGGAGACUACACAGACUAUUAAACAGUACUUUUCUCAUCCUCGCCCUGGUUACUCAAGCUACACAGUCGAUCCACAUACUGCUGUCGGUUUAAAGGCGGCGGCUGAUGUCGGUUGCAAUAAUAACACUUAUCAAAUCUGCUUAGCUACUGCGCACGCUGCCAAGUUCUCAGAAGCUGUCGAGAACGCUCUCAAUGAUGAAGCAUCUUUCAACUUCCAAAGAGAUGUCCUUCCAACGGAAUUCCACGGGUUAAUGGAUAAACCAAGAAGAGUUAUAGAUGUUAACGGUAUUGCUCCAGAGCUUACCAAGGAAGUCAUUGAAUCAAAAGCAACUGAGGAAGUUUCCCAACAAAAUGUUGGCAUCUGA